AUGUAUAUAUUUUCAUCAGUUUCCGGAGAUCCGACUGGUCAGCUUUAUAAAUAUUUAAUGGCAAACUAUAAUAAACAUGUUCGUCCAGUAAAAAAUAAUUCUGAUAUUGUCAGCGUUCAAAUUGGUCUUAAACUUAUUCAAAUUGCUGAUGUAAAUUGGCAUGAUCAUAGUUUCGUAUGGUCACCAGAAGAUUUCGGUGGAGUAGAAUAUAUCUAUAUGCCAAAUGAUUUGAUAUGGAAACCAGACCUUGUAUUAUAUAAUAAUGCAGACGGAAACUAUCAAAUAACAUCAACGUCAAAAGCACAAAUUCGAUUUGAUGGAACUGUUCAAUGGAAUCCACCAAUGAUCUAUAAAUCAUAUUGUUCGAUUGAUAUUCAAUAUUAUCCAUUUGAUAUUCAAAAUUGUACACUUAAGUUUGGUACAUGGACAUAUUAUGGCUCACUGGUGAAUUUACAAUUUUUAACAAAACAUCAAUCAGCCAUUUUUGAACGUGGUUGGGAUCUUGAAGAUUAUACACCUUCUAUUGAAUGGGAAAUUUUAAAUCUUCGAGCUAUAAGACAUGAAAAAGUAUAUUCAUGUUGUGUUGACGUCUAUCUUGAUUUAACGUUCACGUGUACAAUCAAACGAAAACCUUUAUUCUAUAUCGUUAAUUUAAUUGUUCCAUGUGUAAAUAUUUCUGUUUUAGCUGUAUUAGUUUUUCUUUUACCAUCCGAUAGUCGGAAAAAAAUUACACUAUCCAUAUCAAUUCUUGUAGCACUGUUGGUAUUUUAUUUAUUACUUAUUGAACUUAUUCCUCCAAUAUCGUUAGUUAUACCAUUACUCGGAAAAUAUCUUCUUUUUACACUUGUUCUGGUGCAUUUAUCGAUUAUUAUUACAAUUAUUACACUUAAUACGCAUUUUCGUCGUCAUCCAACAACACACAUGAGUUCGUGGUUGAGAAAAUUAUUUUUGGUUUACUUACCGAAACUUCUAUUUAUGAAAAGACCAAAUAUAUCAUCGAAAUAUGUAUACAAAAGAGAAAUAUUGGAUUCUACUCAUGAUAGUCAACCGUCAAGAUGUCAAUUGAAAGAUGAACGACGAAGACAUAUUCUUAGAGUUGCAGCAAAUCAUAUUUCUUAUAUUGCAAAACAAAUUGAAAACGCACAAAUUGAAAAAGAAAUCGUUGAAGAAUGGCGUUUCAUUGCUUUAAUACUUGAUCGUUUCUUUCUGAUCCUCUUCGUAUCCGUUAGUCUGAUCGGUACACUUGGAUCAUUAUUGAAAGCUCCAUCGCUAUACAAUUCAACUCCACCCGUAAAUCCAAGUUGUUAUUUAUAUUAUCCGCCUAUAGAUAAUUCUGAAUGGUUAAAAAAAUGUGGUGCCGAUUAUUCAUCAGAAACUUCAAAUAAACAAUUUCAAAUAAGCAAUUAA